CCUGCCAAUAUGCCUGUUUAAUAAGCUGUCGGUGUAAUAAAAUGUCUGAGCGAUUUCGUGUUAAUGUUAUCGUAAGAAUUACUGUUAUUUCGUUACUUAAAAAAAAUCAAUCAUUUCUGAGAUCUUGGUUACGGUCGUUAUUCAGCGGUGGUUAGUUUCAUUCUUAGGCGGACCAUGGCGUCUCGCGACCGAAGACUUUUAAGUUAGCCUGCAAAAAAACUUAGUUAUCGAUUUACUAAAAUAUAGUGGUUAUCCGUAUUUGUGUCUUGAAAUGUUACUGGCAUUAUUGCAGACAACCCACUGCACAAUCGUUAACCAGCUACGAAGAAAUGUGGUAAAUGGAAGAGAAGUAUAUUUUUGAACAACAGGAAAUCUCUACAGCACUACCGGACAAUCCUGAAGAUAGAAAAUAUCAGGAACUCUAUACCCAAUACGCAUUAAUAAGAAGAAUCAGGGGAGAUGGCAACUGUUUCUACCGAGCCGUUGCAUUUGGGUGUCUGGAGUCGUUUAGAAACACAGAGGGCAUGCAGAUGUUCAGAGAUACCGUACUGCGGAGCAGUAAAGUGCUUACAAUCUCUGGUAUUUCGGAGGACCGUUUCAGAGCCUUGUUUAGCACAUUUGUUAACGUCGUGGAGCGCAGUGAAGCAGACGCGCAUGGCAACACUCUGUUAGAAAUGUUCAACGAGCAGACGACCUCAGACAGCGUGGUCCAGUACCUACGGUUCCUCACCUCCGCCCACCUGCAGAAUCACAGCGAGCGCUUCCAGCACUUUGUAGAAGCACCCAACCUGAAAGCGUACUGCACCCAGGAGGUGGAGACCAUGGCGAUGGAAUGUGACCACGUGGAGAUCCUUGCCCUGUCAGAAGCCUUGGGUGUGACCAUCAGGAUUGUUUCUGUCGAGGGGGGCAGCGGAAGCCUCGUUUUCCAUACCAUUCCAGAAGAAGUGGAAGCCACUCUGCAUCUUCUCUACAAGAACUCCCACUAUGAUUUGCUAUACCCAGUUUCUCCUCAUUAACAUUGCCUGGACGGUCACAUUUUGCCUAAGGACCCAUUUGUGUUAAAUAAAACUGUCUUGCUAACGUAAAAGGAAAACACUGGGUGCACUAAGACCUGCGUAAUAUAUGGAAAUUUCAUGAGACAGUUUUCAACACCGUCGGGGAAAAUAUGUCCCGUGAUCACAGCCGUUUGUGUAACGAGCUAUUUCAGACUUGGACCUCGGUGUUGAAAUUCACAACUAUGUGCAAAUUCAAAGUAAAUGACUUGUUGGAAAGAUCAAUUCUUUUUAUAGAACAGUAUUACAAAUGCUUUAUAAAGCAUCUGUCCAAAUUAAAGUUUUUAAAAAGGUAAA